AUGUAGAGGACAUCCAGCAGCAUGUAGAGGACAUCCAGCAGCAUGUAGAGAACAUCCAGCAGCAUGUAGAGAACAUCCAGCAGCAUGUAGAGAACAUCCAGCAGCAUGUAGAGAACAUCCAGCAGCAUGUAGAGGACAUCCAGCAGCAUGUAGAGGACACCCAGCAGCAUGUAGAGCACAUCCAGCAGCGUAUGUAGAGGACAUCCAGCAGUAUGUAGAGGACAUCCAGCAGCAUGUAGAGGACACCCAGCAGCAUGUAGAGGACACCCAGCAGCGUAUGUAGAGGACAUCCAGCAGUAUGUAGAGGACAUCCAGCAGCAUGUAGAGGACAUCCAGCAGUAUGUAGAGGACAUCCAGCAGUAUGUAGAGGACAUCCAGCAGUAUGUAGAGGACAUCCAGCAGCAUGUAGAGGACAUCCAGCAGCAUGUAGAGGACAUCCAGCAGCACAUGCAGUAUGUAGAGGACAUCCAGCAGCAUGUAGAGGACAUCCAGCAGCAUGUAGAGGACAUCCAGCAGCACAUGCAGUAUGUAGAGGACAUCCAGCAGCAUGUAGAGAACAUCCAGCAGCACAUGCAGUAUGUAGAGGACAUCCAGCAGCAUGUAGAGGACAUCCAGCAGUAUGUAGAGGACAUCCAGCAGCAUGUAGAGGACAUCCAGCAGCACAUGCAGUAUGUAGAGGACAUCCAGCAGCACAUGCAGUAUGUAGAGGACAUCCAGCAGCACAUGCAGCAUGUAGAGGACAUCCAGCAGCAUGUAGAGCACAUCCAGCAGUAUGUAGAGGACAUCCAGCAGCAUGUAGAGGACAUCCAGCAGCAUGUAGAGGACAUCCAGCAGCAUGUAGAGGACAUCCAGCAGUAUGUAGAGGACAUCCAGCAGUAUGUAGAGGACAUCCAGCAGUAUGUAGAGGACAUCCAGCAGCAUGUAGAGGACAUCCAGCAGCAUGUAGAGGACAUCCAGCAGUAUGUAGAGGACAUCCAGCAGCAUGUAGAGGACAUCCAGCAGCACAUGCAGUAUGUAGAGGACAUCCAGCAGCAUGUAGAGGACAUCCAGCAGUAUGUAGAGGACAUCCAGCAGCAUGUAGAGAACAUCCAGCAGCAUGUAGAGGACAUCCAGCAGUAUGUAGAGGACAUCCAGCAGCAUGUAGAGGACAUCCAGCAGCAUGUAGAGGACAUCCAGCAGUAUGUAGAGGACAUCCAGCAGCAUGUAGAGGACAUCCAGCAGUAUGUAGAGGACAUCCAGCAGCACAUGCAGUAUGUAGAGGACAUCCAGCAGCAUGUAGAGGACAUCCAGCAGUAUGUAGAGGACAUCCAGCAGCAUGUAGAGGACAUCCAGCAGUAUGUAGAGGACAUCCAGCAGCAUGUAGAGGACAUCCAGCAGCAUGUAGAGGACAUCCAGCAGCAUGUAGAGAACAUCCAGCAGCAUGUAGAGGACAUCCAGCAGCAUGUAGAGGACAUCCAGCAGUAUGUAGAGGACAUCCAGCAGCAUGUAGAGGACAUCCAGCAGCAUGUAGAGGACAUCCAGCAGCAUGUAGAGAACAUCCAGCAGCAUGUAGAGGACAUCCAGCAGCAUGUAGAGAACAUCCAGCAGCAUGUAGAGGACAUCCAGCAGCACAUGCAGUAUGUAGAGGACAUCCAGCAGCAUGUAGAGGACAUCCAGCAGCAUGUAGAGGACAUCCAGCAGUAUGUAGAGGACAUCCAGCAGCACAUGCAGUAUGUAGAGGACAUUCAGCAGCAUGUAGAGGACAUCCAGCAGCACAUGUAGUAUGUAGAGGACAUCCAGCAGCAUGUAGAGGACAUCCAGCAGCAUGUAGAGGACAUCCAGCAGUAUGUAGAGGACAUCCAGCAGCACAUGCAGUAUGUAGAGGACAUUCAGCAGCAUGUAGAGGACAUCCAGCAGCACAUGCAGUAUGUA